AUGUUUUGCCUUGGAGAACUGAGCGUGCGGCCCUCCCUCGUGUGGGUUCUGGAACUUGGAGCCUCCGGCCCCAAGUUCCAAGGGCUCAAGCCUCCGCUCUCACGUACAGGCAUCUCCCGGGACAACUGGCACAAGCGCCGCAAGACCGGGGGCAAGAGAAAGCCCUACCACAAGAAGCGGAAGUAUGAGCUGGGAUGCCCGGCUGCCAACACUAAGAUUGGCCCCCGACGUAUACACACAGUUCGUGUGAGAGGAGGCAACAAGAAGUACCGUGCCCUAAGAUUGGAUGUGGGGAACUUCUCCUGGGGCUCUGAAUGUUGUACUCGCAAAACAAGGAUAAUUGAUGUUGUCUACAACGCCUCCAAUAAUGAACUGGUCCGAACCAAGACCCUUGUGAAGAACUGCAUCGUGCUCAUUGACAGUACACCAUACCGCCAGUGGAAAAAGAACGCAAAAAUCAGCAGUCUUCUAGAGGAGCAGUUCCAACAGGGCAAGCUUCUUGCAUGUAUUGCUUCCCGGCCAGGCCAGUGUGGCCGUGCGGAUGGUUAUGUGCUAGAGGGCAAGGAGCUGGAAUUCUACCUGAGGAAAAUCAAGGCACGGAAAGGCAAAUAA